AUGUUAUUGAGCAGUAAGCCUGCUGGGGCGCUCCUGCCGUUGCGACGGCCAUCACAUCCUUUACCAACAUCCCUGCCGUCGAAACGAUAUCUUGCUGGUGACACGGGAGACAACAAAUCCGGACACAUCACGACAACAUCGCAAGAAGGCAUCAUCUUCUUCAACAGCAUACUACCGCCGAACUUACAAUGGCUGUUCCGGUUGACGAGCACUCUUGGACGCAAGUCUCCCAAGUUGGCAGACGCGAGCAGUAAAGGCAUUUCUGGGGUGGUGAAUCCGGGCAAGGUCUUCUCAAAGGCCACGAAGGAAGCACAGUUAAGUAAUGUAGAGGUCGUGGAAGUACUGCCGCGCUUCAGUGAGGGCGGGGCGUUUUUGAAGUUCAACCACGAUGGAUCUGCCGACACGAAGACCAUAGCCGACGCCGUCAGGCAGUAUCUCAAGCAGAACAAAGCAAGGCCAUGGUGGAACCCAUUCACGCAUGUCAGAGCGAGUCUAGUCUUAGGCAAGCCAUGGGUAGAGGAUCUUUCGCGGCGAGCAUCGCAGCGUGUCAAAGUCGAGUUUUUGCCCACCGAACCGGGAGCAGAAGCUGCAGAACUCACGCAAGAACAGCUAUACAGCUUCUUUCGACAGUUCGGAAAAUUGUCUGAUAUCAUGGCACAGCCAUCGGAUUCAAAGGUUGUGCCACGAUUUGCGUACCUAGACUUUGCUCAUCAUCAGAAAGCCAUCAUGGCUAAGAACUGCAUGCAUGGAUAUACUGUUUCAGAUGCAGAAGGUGGUGGCAAGUCAGGCACGGUCCUUCGUCUGACCUACGAAAAGAAGCAACGCUGGAAGUGGUUCAGUGACUGGAUGGUCAAUCACCCCCGGAUUGUGAUACCAUUGCUUGCGGCAUUGGUCGCUGGAUUAUCGGUCGUGAUAUUCGACCCAAUCCGAACACUUUCUAUCAAGGCACACAUAACGAGGGCUUUUCACAUUGAGGACAACUUCGUCUUUAGAUGGUUCAGACAACAGGGUGAAGACCUUAUCAACCGCGUCAAGUCAUUUGGCAGAGAUGAGGAAGUUGUGGAUGGUGGCAUGCAGGUCGUAUGGGAAGAUCGACAAGAUGAGAUUCAGCAGAUCCAGUCGUGGCUCAUGGAGUCUGCUGACACUUUCAUCGUAGUACAAGGACCGCGAGGCAGCGGGAAACGCGAGCUUGUCAUCGAACAUGCUUUACAGCACAAGCGAGAGGCCCACAGAGUCCUGGUCGUCGAUUGUAAACCUGUUCAGGAGGCUCGUGGCGACGCUGCGACUAUAGCUUCUGCCGCAAACCAAGUUGGCUACAGCCCAGUUUUCUCGUGGAUCAACAACAUCAGCGGCCUCAUGGACCUGGCAGCUCAGGGUAUGACCGGAACCAAAGCCGGCUUCUCGGAGACACUGGAGAAUCAGCUCGUGAAGAUCUUCGCUAAGACCUCCGCGGCGCUCAAAAGCAUCGCUCUUGACGGACGUAAGAAGGACCACAAAGACGCGAAGCCUGGUGACGACGAGUUCUUGGAACAACAUCCUGAGAGGAGACCUGUUGUGGUCAUUGACAACUUUCUCCACAAGAGCAGCGAGGAGGGAGCUACUUUGGUUUAUGACAAACUCGCGGAAUGGGCUGCGCAGCUGACCUCCUCCAACAUUGCUCAUGUAAUUUUCCUCACCACGGAUGUCUCUUUCAGCAAGUCACUGAGCAAGGCGCUUCCGGAUCGCGUUUUCCGCCAGAUAUCGCUUGGCGACUGCUCGCCUGAAGUCGCAAAGCGAUACGUGAUACAGCACCUGGACUUCGACGCAAAACCUGUCAAGGUCACGAACAAAGAUGGCGAGGAAGAAGUCAAAAUACUCCCCCCAAGCCAGAAGCGCGAAGACCUGCAAGAGCUUGAUGAUGUUAUUGGCUACUUGGGCGGACGACUCACCGAUCUCGAGUUUUUUGCCAGGCGCAUCAAGGCUGGGGAGACCCCGACAAAAGCUGUGCGUGAGAUUGUUGAUCAAUCUGCCUCGGAGAUCCUAAAAAUGUACCUUCUGCUCGGCAGUGACUCUCGCGAAUGGACAUCCGCUCAGGCGUGGACGCUCGUACGUGAUCUUGCGAAGCAUGAAGCACUGCGAUACAACGAGGUAUUGAUGGAGACUGCCUUUGGGUCUGGAGGUGACAAGGCCAUCCAGGCCCUCGAGCAAGCAGAGCUCAUCACCGUCCAGUCUGCCAACGGGAGGCCAUACAGUAUCAAGCCCGGAAAGCCAGUCUACCAGCCUGCCUUUCAGAGGCUUGUUAGCGACAACGUCCUCCGCGCCAAACUUGAGCUGUCUGUACUUGGAGAUGCAAUCGCUGCGGAGAACAAGUCCAUCGACAAGUAUGAGCAGGAACUGCAUCUACUUGCAAAGCUGCCGAAGCAACCGGUUGAGCUCUAUGAUCGCAUACAGUGGCUGCUUGGGAAGAUCAAGACUAGUCAAUCGAAGGUCGAAGUUUUCGAGAAAGAGAGCGGAGAUUUGAAGAAGAUCUUGCAGACCGAGUUUUAG